AUGAGUGCUCCUACUUCUACCAGAGACACUACUACUCCUAUUACCACCAGGAGUGCAAGUACUUCUACCACAGACUACUACUCCUACCACUAUCACGAGCGUUCCUACUUCUACCCCAGAAACUACUACUACUACCACCACCACGAACAUUACCACUUCUACCACAACCACGAGUGCAACUACUUCUACCACAGACACUACUACUCCUACCACUAUCACAGGCGCUAUUACUUCUACCACAGAAACUACUACUACUACCACCACCACAAGUGCAAACACCAUUACUCCUACCACGACCACGAGUGCACCUACUUCUACCACAGACACUACUACUCCUACCACCACCACAUGCGCCACUACUUUUACCACAAACACUAUUACCCCUGUCACCACCAUGAGCCCUCCUACAUCUACCACAGACCACACUACUACUCCUACCACCACCACAAGCGCUCCUGCUUCUACCACAGAAACUACUAUUCCUACCACCACCACAAGCACAAGUACUUCUACCGCAGAAACUACUACUCUUACCACCACCACGAGCGCUCCUACUACUACCACAGACACUACUACUCCUACUCCACGGGUUCAAACUACUACUCCUACCACCACCACGAGCGAUCCUACUUCUACCACACACCGUGCAACUUCUACCACAACCACGAGUGCUCCCACAUUGACCACAGAACCUGCUACACUUACCACCACCACGAGCGCUCCUACUUCUACCCCAGAAUCAACUACUCCUACCACCACCACGAAAACUACUACUCCUACGAACACCUAGAGUGCUCCUACUUCUACCACAGACACUACUGCUACUACCACCACCACGAGCGCUCAUACUUCUACCACAGACACUAUUAUUCCUACCACCACCACGAGCGCAAGUAUUUCUACCACAGACACUACUACUCCUACAACCACCACGAGUGCUUCUAUUUCUACUACAGACACUACAAACCCUACACCCACCUCGAGCGCAACUACUUCUACCACAGAUACUACUACUCCUACCACCAGCACGAGCGCUCCUACAUAACUUACUACUACCACCACCACCACGAGCACUCCUACCUCUCCAACAAAACCUCCUACUCCUCCCAGUACCACGAGAGCACCUACUUCUACCAAAAGCCCUGCUACUCCUACCACCACCAUGAGCGUUCCUAA